AUGGAGUCGUUAUCAAAGAAUGAAUUGAUUUCCACAAUAACUAAACAGGCUGAUCAAAUAAAACGAUAUGAAACCCGACUUAGAGAUGUUGUUGCUGCAUAUAAAGGUCUUGUAAAAGAGAAAGAGGCUUUAGAAAUAAGCCUAAAGGCUUUAAAUAAAUCUGAUAAUAAUGAUGUUUCAACAAAUGAGUCUGUGGCGGCACUUACAUUGUCAUUAUCAACACUUACUACGGAGAAAUCACGUAUGGAAGAGGCUUUUCAGUCUGAUAAGAAAGUUACCCGGGAAAAGUAUGAAAACAUAAUAGCAUCCAUGAGAGAAGAGACAAAAACAUUAGUACAGCAACACCUAACUGAAGUUAGUAAUUUAAAAGCAAAAAUUGCAUAUGAAAUUCAAGAACGGGAGAAAGAGAGGACAGACCAUUUGGCAAUGUUGAAAGAACUUCAUUUGAAAUUCAAUGAAGAAAGGAAAUAUAAAGAAAAACUAGAAGAUAAAGUAGUUACCACAAGUGAGUCACAAGCGUCUCAAGCAGAGCUCGAAAAGCGAGUUCGUGACUUGAGUAGUGCUUUGGAAGCGAACCAACGUCGCUUGGCGCGAGCCGAGUCUCGCUCUGGUGAGACGCCGGCGUCUCUUGUGCGACUUCAGCAGAAACUGACGUUACUGGAACAGUCACACUCUGUUGCAAUACGAGAGGAGCAAAUUAAAGUUAAGCGCGCUGAGGAGUCAGCACGAAAAAUCUGCGCUCGACAGGAAGAGAGGGUCGCUCUCUUAGAGGGAAAACUUGCGGAACUCUCACACACAAUAGGAGAAUACGAUCUUCAACGACGAAGGGACCAGCAGACUAUUCGACAGCUCCGGGACUCUGUAAAUGGGAGAUUGUUAGAGAGAAUGACUAGUAGAUUGGAUGAUGACUCUUCAAUAAGCGAAACAGACAACGACAAGCUAGCAGACACAGAGUACUUACAAACACUCAUAGACAAAAUACACAUUUUGAAAAAGGAACUUAUAGCUGAAAACGAUAAACAAGGGAAUCCCAUAGAUUUGACUACUGUUUUAAAUAUUGAGGCAUUUGAGCAUGUGCACUCGAAAUGUAAAAAGGAUUAUGAAUUAUUACGAAAAGAGUUUGAAAACUAUAGAAUAAGUGUGAAGAGUAGUGUAAAUGGGGAUAAGGAGAGUGAAAUAGCAACAUUGAAAAGUGAGAUAGCUGUAUUAAAAGAUAAGGUAGAGACAUAUCAGCUGAUGUUAGAGCAAGAACAACAGGAUAAGAUGGAUUCACUUAAGUUGCAAGAAGAGAAAUUAAAAAGUGAAAAAGACUACCACACGGAGAUAGUAACCGAUCUGCGUAACCGCAUACAAAAUCUCGAGAAGCACGUUCAGACCCAACGUGAGCGAUACUCCACUUUGCUAGAAGAGACAGACAACUUGAUCAGGUCGAGAGGAGACAGAUCCAGGAAGGUCAGCUCGGAGGAGGGAUUUAAGGAUGGCCAUGUUUUAACUCAGGAUAAAACCGCCUUACCACACAUGCUGCAUUACGCCCACGAAUUGGCCCGUAAGGACCUUGAUAUUACCCAAUUACGGCGUGAAAAACAUCACCUCGAGGGGCAGUAUAGGGAGUGUCAACGGGAUGCGACAAUAGACAAGGAACGAUUCAAGGAGGUUAUAAGGACCCUAAAGGAGGAAAUUGACAGAUUACGUCGCAUCCAAUCGCGAGAGGGCGCUAAUCUUGAAUACCUCAAGAAUGUUGUGUUAGCGUACCUCAUGUCCACAGAUGACGCCGGUCGAAAACAUAUGUUAAAUGCAAUUACUGCGGUAUUACAUUUUACAGCCACUGAGAAGAAAAUGGUUCUUAAAACUAUGUAG